AAAAUUCAAGUACCGUCUACCUGAAUUAGGGAAAGAAAGUAGCAUUCUAAAAUUCAAAAUUGGUUGAAAUUGCAUGAAGAUUACCGUGUUCCGUGAAGAGCGGGUGCAAAAUGAUGGCGGUUAUGCUGAUUACGUCUUCAGAUUUAUUGUGCAUGGAUGUGCACCGCGUAUGAUGUGAUAUGAUAUUUUAAUGUGUUGUCUAGCCCAGUUCAUGCUUGUUCGUCGACGGUUGUGGUUCUCAUGCGUUAUCCGAUCAUCGUGAGUUUUUGCGAUGCCGAACCUCACAUGCGGUCUGACCGUUCCAGUGAAUACUCACGGAGUGAAAGAUUUAUCCAAGGAUCGUUUGUUACCCUUAAUUCGAGCGUUGUGCGACCCACCCGGGGAAUGGGAAAAUGUCGGAGAGCCAGACGAAGACCACUCUUUACGAGGCGACAACUCCAAGUCGUUGGAUGACAAGCAAAAGUCGAGUUCCGGAGCUCGGAAGCAGGAAGUGUGGGCUAAUUUCGACUUCUGCGUUGUUUGCGGCAGAGGCGGACAGAUUAUCUGCUGCGAACUUUGUCCGCGCUCAUUUCAUUUGACCUGCCUCCUCCCGCCCCUGAAAGAAAAAGACAUUCCGGAGGGUGAUUGGAUUUGUACCCGUUGCACAGAGAUAAAACGUCGGUCGGAAAGUGGCGAACCGAUUCCGUCAUCUUUGCAGCGACUUUUACCCGUGGAACGCAAAUGUGCUUUGGAAGCUGCUGAGAAAUUGAAGCAACGUCCGGAGCGUUCUGGUAGAUUUGAAGAGAAGCCGAAAGCUUUUCGAAGAAGAAAAUAUGCGUAUGAUGGACUAUUGGCUGAUAUAAAGAAGUACCGUCGCGAAACGCAGAAGGAACUUGACGAGGAAGCGGAUUAUCUGAAAUCCCUCGUUACUGAAGCCGAAAAACUCGAUCCGGAACCCCCAGUAGAAAAAAAGGUGGACCAAGAAGAACCAAAGCCCAAGGAAAUGAAAAUAUCACCUGUGAAAGUCCCGAAAACCCCUAAAAAGCAGCCAAUACUUAAUGUUGACACUCGAAUACAUUUACCAUUCUCCACCGUUAAAACGCGACGGAAGGUGGUUGGUUCCGGAGAAAAAGCAAUCCUUGAUUCCCUCGAUGAAAUUUUGUGCUGUGCUACUGACUUUCUACCCCAAGACUUCCAGCUCCAUCCUAACGUAAAAAAGUUUUGCGAAAGGCCUCUUUCGUUUACUGAACCUAGCAAUGAGAAUGAAAAGAGUGCGAACAAAAAACAGCAAAUAACUGACCAGUGCCAGAGUUGCGUAAAUCCAUCAAGUACUACGAACGUGAGCGGUGAUGUAGAUUUGACUGAAAUGGACGUCGAUGAUGACGGAAUCUUCAACCAGUAUUUGGAAGAUAUGAAGAAUAAGCCACCAUCUCCCGCAUUCAACCGGAAGACUGAAAGUCAUGUACCCUUGGGAAACGUCAAAGGAACUCGUACGAACCACAUCAAGCCCGUCGAUAAAGUGACAGUCAAUUCAGCGCAUCCUCCUGGUGUCUUGAAAAAAUUCUUUGAGGAUCCUGAAUCUUCGGUUUUAGCAGCUCUCAAUAAAAUCAAGCUCGAUUUACCGCUGAUGAACUUGAAAAAAUACCAAGUUUUACACGGAGUACCUCGGCUGUUUCCUGCUAAUAUAUUUCCUGGCGAACCCAGAAGAGAUUCAUCCUAUGGAGGGAACGAGAUAAAGCCUGUUCUGAUCGCAGAGCACGUUCGACGCGCGGAAAGGGGCAAAGGUCCUCUACUCUGCUCAAAAUGUCAUAAGGGUUGUCUCAAGAAAGCCUUGCUUCAGUGCGACUACUGUCCGCUCUAUUACCAUUUGGAGUGCUUGGAGCCCCCUAUGAUGGAGCCGCCGAAAUACUUGUGGAUGUGCCCGCAGCACGCCAUCCGACCUUUGGAAAAGAAGCUUUGGAGGGAUUGUCGUCGCAGCUCAAGAAUUAAGCUUUGGCGGAGAGAAAUUUCAUUGCCCGUUAACGAGAGCUCCGUCAUUCUCGAUUUCUUUCGAAGAGCCAAAUCACAUUCUGUCAACUCCUCCGAGGGCCCCAUGAGUCGUCCACUAAAGAAAAUUCAAAUUCAUCCUGCAUUGAUAAACGCGUAUUGUACAAAAUCACCCUGCGAUUCGGAACGCUUUACAACUGACUCAUCUUCCGAUGCUGCUUUGGCUUCAGCAGAAGACGCUGAGCUGUUUAUGGGAGUGAUUCAGACCAUGCAUGCAAAACGCGAUAGGCUGAUGGAUCCAGAUCAGUCUCAAGAUGGCCAGAAAUGUCACCAAGUUGAUGAAAGUAUAGAAUCGCAAUCCGCUGAUAGUGAAACUGUUGAAUUACAAAAGCCGGGACCGUCCGGAGUUCGCAUUGACACCAGUGAGGAACAGAAGGAUCUCAUGCUUGAAUACAAAUCUUCCGAUGACCACGGUGAUGAAUGUAAGCCUGUUAGCUACGAGGAUCAGGAGACGAAAGACUUGCUUGCUGCCGAGUCCUCAAUUUUCACCGAGCUUAUGCAAGCCUGCUCAAUGCCAGAUCUGGAAAACAUAGAAGUCGAAGACUUGGCUUGUGAUGCAGUUGCCAAGGUAAUGCCGGAAAUUAAAGUCGACGACGAUGUGCUCAGUAUAGGUUGGGGUGAAGAAGUGACGAAGCCUAGAAGAAUACCUCCAGAAUCGGUCACCUGUCGCACGGAAAAGGAGUUCGAAGCUCUCGGACGACGCUUGCUGUUGGUAUUUCAAAUGCCAACGGAGAUUGGCGAGGGUUUGCCUUGGGGAACUUUACGGGAAAUCCGCGUGUCAUUGGCAACCGGUGUGACCUCCAAGAUUUUAUUAGAGAAGCCGAAGUCUCAGUUACCUUCUGCACUUAUGUCCGCGGUACAGCAGCUCAGUGUGACUCUUCCUAUCGGAAAGAAUGUUGAGCCGAACAAUGUGGAAGGAGACCUACUCCAUAUACCUCCUACCGCCGAAAACCCUGUAGAGUUCCUACUAGGGCACCUCUCUCCAGAAUUGAAAGAGAAUUUGUUGCGAAAAUAUUUAUCAAGUUUGGUGUUCAACGAACUGAAACCGAGAGAGAAGCCCAAGGAUGUGAAAAUAUCUCUUGCGGAAGUGCUGGAGAAUCGAGCGGAGUUUAAGUUGGGACGAGAACCGUUUGCCGUCAUUGCCCCGAUUUCACCCGAUGGCUCACUGGCGGGAGAAUUAAUCCCCGUGUUCGACGCUUCGUUUUCUAUCGGAGUUUCCCCGCAUUGUUUAUUAUCCCUGGAUGCUCACGCCGAAGGAAAGUGUCAGUUCGUGUCUUCGUAUCACGCGGAGGUGAUGUACAUUAAGCGGGAAAAUCGCUUCGAGUGCUUAAACUACAGCCGAUACGGGACCUUCGUCGAUGAUCAACUUUAUGGGUUCGCAACCCGUGACAAUCUGUGCUCUGUGACCGAUGGUUUCCGAAGACGGAAUGAUCUCUGCAAGUGUGGCGUUCUACCUCAAAAAAAGGCCCAGGGAAUAACUGGGUGGAACGAGACUGCGGCAGAACUGCACAACGGCUCUGUUCUCCGUUUCGGUUGCCUCGAAUACCUUUUCGUCAUUCCCGGGAAAACGAGUGUGUUGUCCGAGGAGAGUGUGAAUGACGACGCCGACAGUGGAGGUGAGGCUGAGGAAGCGGGGGAUUGCGGAAUGGAGAACGAAGCCGCGUGUGCCAGCGAUACCGAGGAAGUGGAAAAGGAGACGAAAUUUUCACCGCGCAAAACCCGCUCAAUGAUACAGAUACGAAUCAAUUCUGCCGCGCGGUGAAGAAAUCUACGUUCCCGCUCUGGCCUCGUUUGUUUGUGAUCCUGAUUUGUAUGCUUUUUCUGUAAGUCAGCUCGCCGCGCGUGCCAUCCUGAAAGUUGCGUGGGUCUCGGAAAGUAUCCAAAUUAUUCGCUUUUGUGAAAUUCAUACGAUUUCGGAAACGCUUUGAGAAAAAGAAUUUUGAGAGUGUGAGGAAGAUGGACCGAGCGUCUUCCGCGAGAGGGAUGAUUUUUUGGAUGAAGUCAUUCUUUCUUACUGUUGGUUUAUACGUAUGUUAGAGAAUCAGUGAUGUUCAAACAAAAAAGAAGACUUUCUUCUCUGGAUACCAUUGCUGAAAGAGCAUUGGCUUGUCGGAACUUUUGUAAUUUGACGAUGGAAAUUUUUAACCAGGACGCGAUUGUCUGGUUCAAAAACUUUGGCUUUAACGUUCGUGGAAAUAAGAUGUAAGGUAAUUUGAAUUGCAUUUAACUUUUUCAGUACUAAUUUAAUUGGCGAUUCCUGGAAAAUUGUCCGUGUUUGUGUGUAAUUGGUUCGUAAAAUAAGUUGUUGAUGUUUUCGCAAUAGAGUUUCCGUUUGACUUGAAUAUAUUUUUGUUACUGUAUGAUGUUCAGUUAGGUCGCCGAGUUUCAUUUGCAUCUUUUUUCAAUGGAAUCGGAAGUAUAGUGCCGUUUGACAAACUUU